AUGAUCGGAGGAGUGUUCUUCUCCAAGAAAUCAAGCAAUCUCCUUAGUUGUGGAUGGCUUAGGAUCAUCUUCAGUAGUUGGGAGGAGAUGGGGGAGUAUAGUUGGGCAUCUGCUUGCCUAGCUAUGAUCUACCACAACUUGUGCAAUGCGUCUCUAAAAGCUGUGAGGGAGGUCAGCGGCGCAAUGUUCAUCGUCCAAUUUUGGGCUUGGGAGCAUAUGCCAUGGAUUGCACCGGUCCAACGUCCAGACAGGGAUUGGCCAAUCGAUCAUCCCCUAAGAGGUGAAGCUUAUGGUACAAGGUGGCUCAGACACACCACAUGCGACAACCUUGUCCAACACAAGUUGGACGAGUAUCGGAGGAGGUUUGAGCGACUUUGGGAAGGAGAGGUAACUUCUAUA